GGCUUUCAGAUCUCUCCAUCUCCCUCGCUCUUUCUCUGCUUGCUCUGUUCUGCCUCUCUUCGCUUCUUCUCCAGCCGAAUAUAAGAAAGGAAAUCUGCCCUUUUCAAAAAAACCCUAGAAAUUUGUAGCUGGAUUCUUUCAGCAAUGGCGUCCUGAUCAGGUUCAGAUAUUCCAGAUGUUUGGGGUUUUACAGACUUAUUGUCGGAUUUAUCGGCAUUAUUAUGAAGGAUUGAUUUCAGUGAUUUUCCAGAUUCCUGGUACUCGGUUCAGAUGUGUAAGAAGGUAUCCACCUUAUUCUCAGGUAAUGAGGAACUGAUUCUUUGGUUGAGUGGAUUUUUCUGUUAUUGCAUCUGAUCUGCAACUUUGGAACUUUAUAAGAAGAGGAACAAUGGCUGAAGGAGAGGAACGUCUUGAACUCAAAUUUCGUCUUUUCGAUGGAUCAGAUAUUGGUCCAAGUACCUAUUCUCCAUCUACUACUGUUGCAAUGCUCAAGGAAAGGAUAGUUGCGGAAUGGCCUCAAGACAAAAAAAUUGUGCCCAAGGCAGUGAAUGAUGUGAAACUCAUAUAUUCUGGAAAAGUCUUGGAGAAUGCGAAGACACUCGCUGAGUCCAGAAUACCUCUUGGGGAGCUUCCUGGUGGGGUCAUCACAAUGCAUGUGGUGGUUCAGCCCUCUGUGGCAAGAAAGAAAACAGAUAAGGACCCGGAUGAGAUGCUGAAGAAGGGCUGCUCAUGUACUAUUAUUUAAGGGCAUGACCUUUCCCUCAUUCUCAACCUUUUACAGCAGGAUUAUCUAUUCUUUUUCUUUUUCCUUUUUUCUUCUAAAUUCCACAUUCUUAUGAAGAUGGUGAUGUGAUCGAAAUGGGUGAUUGAGAAUCUGUAGUCUGUGUCGUUUGUUUGUUUGUUGUUUGUUGCUGUUGUUGCAGCUGGUGUAUCUGUUCUUGUCAUUGUAAUCACUCUGUUGUAAAUUGCCUCAAAAGUAUAAACGGCCCAGUUAUACAGAUGUAAUAGAAGCCUGUCUCUACAUUGCUCUA